GGAGCCCCACCAGAGCCCGACUUCAGCCCCAGCCAGAUCCAGCGUCAGCGGAGGCCGAACGGCGGACGCCUUGCCCUAGCUGCAUCGGAGCACCGGCGGGUGAAGGCAAGGUCCCUGGACUGGUCAUAUACCUCUUGUGGCCCUGGCAGAAUCAAGAUGAGGCCCUGUCAUGCCUCCCCAGUGAGGCCUACAGUCUGAGCAGACAGCAUGGCCUGCCAUUGGCAGUGAACACCAUGUCUGCAGGAGGUGGCCGGGCCUUUGCUUGGCAGGUGUUCCCCCCCAUGCCCACUUGCCGGGUCUAUGGCACAGUGGCACACCAAGAUGGGCACCUGCUGGUGUUGGGGGGUUGUGGCCGGGCUGGACUGCCCUUGGACACUGCUGAGACACUGGACAUGGCCUCGCACACAUGGCUGGCACUGGCACCCCUGCCCACUGCCCGGGCUGGAGCAGCUGCGGUAGUUCUGGGCAAGCAGGUGCUAGUAGUGGGUGGUGUGGAUGAGGUCCAGAGCCCAGUAGCUGCUGUAGAGGCCUUCCUGAUGGAUGAGGGCCGCUGGGAGCGUCGGGCCACCCUCCCUCAAGCAGCCAUGGGGGUUGCAACUGUGGAGAGAGAUGGUAUGGUGUAUGCUCUGGGGGGAAUGGGCCCUGACACGGCCCCCCAGGCCCAGGUAUGUGUGUAUGAGCCCCGUCGGGACUGCUGGCUUUCACUACCCUCCAUGCCCACACCCUGCUAUGGGGCCUCCACCUUCCUGCAUGGGAACAAGAUCUAUGUCCUGGGGGGCCGCCAGGGCAAGCUCCCGGUGACUGCUUUUGAAGCCUUUGAUCUGGAGGCCCGUACAUGGACCCGGCAUCCAAGCCUACCCAGCCGUCGAGCCUUUGCUGGCUGCGCCAUGGCUGAAGGCAGCGUCUUUAGCCUGGGUGGCCUGCAGCAGCCUGGGCCCCACAACUUCUACUCUCGCCCACACUUUGUCAACACUGUGGAGAUGUUUGACCUGGAGCAUGGGUCCUGGACCAAACUGCCCCGCAGCCUGCGCAUGAGGGAUAAGAGGGCAGACUUUGUGGUUGGGUCCCUUGGGGGCCACAUUGUGGCCAUUGGGGGCCUUGGAAACCAGCCAUGUCCUUUGGGCUCUGUGGAGAGCUUUAGCCUUGCAAGGAGGCGCUGGGAGGCAUUGCCAGCCAUGCCCACUGCCCGCUGCUCCUGCUCUAGUCUGCAGGCUGGGCCCCGGCUGUUUGUUAUUGGGGGUGUGGCCCAGGGCCCCAGUCAAGCCGUGGAGGCACUAUGUCUGCGUGAUGGGGUCUGAAGGCCUGGUGGGAGCUGUCCACUGGAGCAGCUCAUUGCCAGAGGCAGCUAUUUCUAUGGCUCCUUUUGCUGCUGAGGACACUCACUGUGGCUCUGUGGGAUGAGAGAGGCACAGGGGUGAGCACUUGAGACACUGCCUUGGGGCCUUGGGUUAGGGGAGCCUUUGCCUUUAGUGCAGGACACACAUAUGCUUACACCUACCUUUAUCACCAUUCUUUCAUGAAUCAUGCCUAGGUCCAUCCUUGCCCUGGGACCUACUAGGCCUUCCAUCCAACUGGGAAAUGGGGAGAAGGAAAGCUGGCCUCAUGUUCUUCAGGGUCAGUUCCUAUCUGGAGUUGACCAGGCCCACCCCAGUUGCCAUUCCUGAAAAAUCCCAGAUGCCAGGCUGCCUUUAGGGUCCCUGUAGACCCAGGAGAGUUGAGAGGGUGGGGGACACAGAGAGAAUAGAGAGGAUGUGGGACCUGCCAGAGGGCCAGAGCACAGGAGUUCAAGCAGAGGAAUGCUGGCUUUGGGCCCUCUACACUGCUGGUUGUAUGACCUUGGACAAGUCACUUCACCUCUCUGUGCCUCAGCAUCCUCAUCUAUAAAUGGGGAUCUCUGAAACCUUCCUACCCUACCUACCUCACAGGGCUGUUGUGAGGACCCAGGGAGUUUGGAUGUGGAAGUAAAAGUGCUGCUAAAACCUA